AUGCGAUCCGUCCUGCGCGCGAGCCGAGCGCUACGCCAAGCGAUGCCUUCCACGACCACGCCGGCUGCGCCUACGCACAUCCCGCGCACCAAACUCACCACCAACGUCGUCGGUCUAUCCGUGCACAACGAGCCCCUCCCCACCCUGAAACAUACCCUCGAAGCGACCCUCUCCGUCGUACAACAGAUGCCCCAAGGCGCGGUCUACCGUCGUUCGGUCGAGGCGAACACCCACGAGCGACUGAACGUGUUGGCCAAAUUCGGGGGUCAGGGAUCGGAAUCGGAUUUGGAAUCGGUCGAGAGGGAGAUUGGGUUGGGGGGGAUCGAGGAGGUGAUGCAGAUUGCCGAGGAUGAGUAUAGGUUGGCGGCCAAGAUGUUGGAGUGGAAGGCGUGAGUGGCUAUCGGUCGGGGUUCAGAGCGAAUGCGAGUUACGGUGGCUGAUCGAUACGGAGAUCCUGUUUGUGCUUGCAGGUGGGAGGAACUCGAGGUGACGCCCGCAAAGGACCAAUGGGUUCAGUUCAAGCAGACACCUUCGACCACAAUGCCGGACGACCUCAAGUGA